UGCCCUUCACUUUCGGCAGAGAAGAUGGCAGCUAGCGCACCGAAAGUUCGGAGGCGCAUGCACAUCUCUGGAUUGAACCCGUUGCAGUGCAGUACCUCUGACAUCUCGGCACGUAUGGCGUCAUUUGGUCUCGAAGCGACAUCGAUCGAAGGAUGGCCUCCAGGCCAGGACGGUGUCGGACGCACCGUCAACUGGUGCUUCGCCACGCUCGUGGGUCCCGAGGAAGGAGUCAAGAGGGCGAUAAACACGCUCAGUGGAACGACGUGGAAAGGUCACAAGCUCAGAUUAGGGCUUGCCAGGGAAAGAGCCUGGGGGUCCAGGAAUGAGGAAGAGGAUGGCGAAGGCAGUAAAAAGGGAACAAGGGACAAGGCGGACAAGGAGCGUGAGGAGAAGGAGGCAAAGAAGGAAAAGAAAAAGAAGGAGAGAAUUCGAAAGGCAGGCUUUGAGUCAAGGGAUCUCAGCGAGGCCGUCACCUCUGAGAAAGUAGACAAGGGCGAAUGGGGCUGGAAGAAGACACCAGCAGGGCACCUUAUCAGGCCGAUGCACAUGCGCCCGGAGAGGCCUGUGCCCGUGCCGGCAGUUCCGGCUGCGUCUACUAAGGAGGACGACAAAAGGAAGAGAAGAGGGAAGGGGAAGGGAUCGGGCGAGCCCGCAAAGAGAGCCAGGAGGCGGACCAUUGACCCCACGCGGUACGCUGCAGUGCACUUCAGCGGCUCUCUACUCGACGAUGGUACGGCGGCUGUGGAAGGAGAGUGGACGUUUGAGGGAGAGGGCGAUGAGAGUGGCGCGGAGAAAUGGAUACUGAAAAGCAGGGACGGCAAGAUUCUGCGCGAGGAAGUGGCUGUCAGGAAAACACAUACUCUUCCUUCUGCCGAGGCAGAGUCAGAUCAUGGUGGGGCAUCCGAGUUGGAGUCGGAAGCAACAGCAAGUUCUAGCUCGCAGUCCGACUCGUCAGUCGAAUCGGAGACCCCGACGAAUCAGCAGAAUAAGCGGGAAGCAGAGAAAGACGCAGCCUAUCUCAAAGUCGACUCGUAUCCGGCGUAUGAUCCGGACGAAGAGGAUGCUUUCUCGGAGGGGUAUCAAGAGGCUAUUGAGGGGGUCGAUCUCGCGCCCGGGCCCGGUGAGGACGAGAGAUCGCGAUAUCUGACGCUGCUGCAAGACAUGUUCGGUGGAGUCAAAGGGUCGAUUGAUGCAGACGAGGCAAACCGUUUGCGCCAGGCCCAAGAAGAGAAGAACAAUCUUUUCGAGGACAGUGACAACGACACUGACAGCGACGACGAAGAUGACGAUGGCGAUGAUGACGAAUAUGAUGGCGACGAUAACGAAGGUGAUGCCAAGCAAUUGGAGCAAAGCAACAAUGAUGUGCAACAAGCCGACGACAAUGAAACUGGAGACGAUGAGGGACAGGGACAGAUCGAGCAGGAUGAGGUUAUGAAGGCGAUGGACCCUCAACCGAACGAGGAAGUAAAGAGCAAAGAGGAGAAGGCAGCUGCUGAGGCGGAACAGAAGAGAAUAGAGCGCAGAGCCGCCUUUCUUGCCGUUCCAGCACCAGAUUCAGAACAUCGAGAGCAAGCGGAUGCCUUCACGCCUCACGUGCGCUUUGAUCCUGGAUUCGUCGAGGAAGACGAGGAGGAGGAGGAUGUCGUCGAGCAAGGGCAGGCCGACCUCUCUCCAAAUGAUGAAGCCAAGACUCAAGAACAGCAGAGUCAAGCCAAGGACGGACCAGCAGAGCCCAACCGAGUCUCAAUGUCGAGCCUCAAGGACAUGUUUCGGCCACAAGAAGAGACCGGCGGAUUCUCCAUCAUGGGAAAUCUCGACUUGGACCUCGACGAAGAGCUUAACUUUGAGCCUGAUGAGGAUCAGCCCGUAUUUCCCGCCUCGGAUGAUGCAGGUACAGAGUCAGCACCGGGGAUGAGUGGCACGGCGGUGGUCAAACAGCCCAAGGGCCUCGAUUUCGAUCCCAACACCCCCUUCUUCUUUCCGACAGUAGCGCGGAGCUCGAGCCAGUCGUCCUCGCGGCCGGACGUGUUCGACGUACUGCGCACGACUACAACAUCCUCGGUUCAGCCUUUUCGCCGCACCGCGACCGAGGACGAAAUCCGGUCACGGUGGCAGGAAGCACGGGGACAGCUUACCUCUGACUAUCGGAAGAGGCACAAGGAUGCAGUUCGCAAGAAGAAGAGGUCCAGGCUCGCGACUGCUUGAUCGACUCCUUGACCUGCCGCUGAUGCAACCCUGUUAGACCCUUCAUGCGAGUCGAAGGUCCUGAGGGGGUACUCAAAUGCGGACAAGUGCGGAGAAGACUGUAAUGCAAGCAUGUCUUUCGUCGCCUGACGUCCGAGCGGGAAGGUCGCAAUAACGAAGAAGAAGCAGCUAGUCUAGUAGCUAGAAGUGGAUCUAUGCGCAUGCAUGACUUGUCUUCGAGCAGCACU